GGCUUAUCAUCACAGGAUCCCACGGAUUUCGGUACUUCCUCGUCGUCCUUCGACCUCGCCGAGUCGGACGAUCGAAACGACGACGAGGAGGAGGAAGAGGACGAGGAAGAGGAGGACGAUGACGAUGACAAUGACGGCAUUAAUGUUGAUUAUGACGAAGAUGAUGAAUGCAACGAGGAGAAAAAUGAUAGAAGGAAGGAAGAGAGAAAGAACAUCAAGGAAGAAUUAGCAAGCUAUUGCAUUCCCAAUCAACGAUCAUCGAUUUCCUCUGACAUCGUCGAAUCCUAUGAUAACAAAAACGAGCCGUGGGUUCCUCUCGAGUUCCUCCUAUCUUCAUCGAAAGAAACAACAGACCUCUUUGAUGCGCGAUAUCAUCCGUACCAACAAUCACACAAUCAUCGUGUCGUACCUCGUCAAGAAUCAAGAGGUGGACCACUGCGGAGUGGAAGAGGAGGAGAAGAGGGCCAAGAGUUGCACUAUAUCGAAACGGUUAUUAGCACGAAUCCUAACAAUUGUCCUCGGAAACGUAGCGACAGUAACAGCAGUAGCAACAGUAGUAGCAGCGCUAUGACAACCAUCAGUACCAACUCGAACGAUCUCCUUCGCAAGCUACGUCGAAACUCAGCGACAACCAACUCAACUUUCGUUUUUGAUCUCGCCCAAACAAGUGAUCCCUCGAAUCCACGCGACCAUUACAUGGUACCAACGCGAAAUCCUCGCGAACUCAACGAGAGAAUUUUAUCACUGUUCAAUCCUCAAUUUUUACCGAACUUCAACGACAUGGUUAAAUACAUGGCAGCGUCCCAGCAGGAGCCGAGCAAUUCUCGAACUAAUUCGAGGUCGAUCAACGCUGAGACUCGUCUCUUCAGGCAUACUAAUCGCCGAAGGAAACGGAAUAGCAUCAAUGACUCUAUGCUCUUUCGCCAGGGACUGGUCUAUCAGGUGCCACGUGACAAAUGAACUGUCGAUCCACGAAGAUCGACAUAAAGUACGAGAAUGUUCCGAGACCGAUAUAUAAUAAAUAUACAUUCGUAUAUACGUAUAUAUAUGUGUGGGUAUGCGUGAAAUCUUAAAUCUUACAUCGCAAGAAUUGUUAAAAUACAUACAUACAUACAUACAUACAUACAUACAUAUAUGUAUAUAAAUAUAUAUAUAUAUAUAUAGAUAGAUAACUAUGAGGUGUAAUUAUCGUACGAUACGUAGUGUCAACGUUACCUGAUUACGGCGAGAUGUGAUUUUUUCGUGUUGGUUCGAUUUCUUCAAAUUUGAAAUAUGAAAAAGGAAGAGAAUAAUAAAUAGAAGAAGAAGAAGAAGAAGAAGAAGAAGAAGAAGAAGAAGAAGAAAACGAAAACGAAAUGCUACGUCUCCUUUCCUGAAGAAGCUGGGAUAAUUCCAAUGAAGAUGAUGAAGAUGAAGAAUGAGAAAUGAUCUUCCGUCGUAGGACUCAACAACGUGGGAAUAACGAACUAUUUUUUUAAACUAAUACUCUCGACGAUUCGUUCUCCUUUCUCUCUCUUUCUCUCUCUCUCUCUCUCUCUAUUUCUCUUUUUCCCUUUCCCUAUCUCUCGCUUUCCCUCCCCCUCUCUCUAUCUCUUUCUCUCCGUGUUUGACCACCCUCUUAUCGAAUGAUCAUCUUCUUCUCGUCGUUGGUUCGUUCGUUUGACGUCAUUUAAGAAUAGACGUCAAUCCCAUUAAACGGGAUCCACGUCGAGAGUACCUUUCUCAUUUUCUGUUUCUCGAUAGAAGACAGCGAACGGAAUCUAGGACAAAGGACAACAUUCGAACUGAAUUGUGAGGAUGAGAAGGACGUAUGUAUUUAUCUACAUACAUACUAGAAACUGAACUGUAGGAUGAGAAAGACGUACAUAUGUAUUUAUCUACAUACAUACGUUAUCGUCGUUUCUCGGUAUGUACUGUUGUACUAAUGUGAUAUGGAUCAGAAUAUAGUACUGUUGUGUGUUCGUAGAAGUGGCCUGUGUGUGUUUUGUAUAGGUGCUUAAAUAAAAAUACAAAAUGAAAAAGAGAGGGAGAGAAAGAGAGAGAGAGAGAGAGAGAGAGAAGGGAUGAAAGAAGAAAGAAGAAAAAAGAAGAAUAAAAAGAACAGACAUAAGAAAAAAAUGGAAAUUAAAUAAAAUUGUUAUGCGUAGUAAAGAGACAUUACUAAUGAGCAUUCGCGCGAGACGAGGCGUGCCUUCCGUUGUACUAAUUGUUGGCAAAUUUUCAUGUAUAGAUCAAUAGAAAGCGAGAGAGAGAAAGAGAAAAAAUACAGAGGAUGAAAAAGAGAAAGAGAAAGAGAGAGAGAGAGAGAGAGAGAGAGAUAAAGGAAUGAAUAGAAGAGGAUUAUGAAAAAAAAGAUAUUUCGUCGGAGUGAGUGUGUAUAUAUAUAUAUAUAUAUAUAUAUAUAUAUAUAUAUGUAUAUGUAUAUAUUAGGGCAAGUGCCUCAUUUAAAAAGUGUUUCGUUCGAGAUAUAUUACGUAGAGAAUGGAACGAUGAAUGAGAUAAGAAAAAGAUAAAGAGAGAGAGAGAGAGAGAGAGAUAUUAAGAAAGAAUGAAAAGAAAGAGAAAGAGACUUUAGUGAGACUAAUUUUGGUACUGUUGUGCACUUAUUAAUGUGCUGUGAAUAUCGGAUAAGUGGGUUUUACGAAGAAGCAGAAGAUUGAUGAAAGAAGAGGAAGAUAGAAGAUAAUGAAGAGAAAGAAAAUCCAAACGGAGGCACACGCGCACGUACGAUUCCUUUGAUUCGUCGCGAACUCCCAUGUUCCUUUUCACGAUCCUUUCGAUUUUAAAAGAAAUAUAUAUGUGUAUAUAUAUAAAUAUACAUAUAUGUAUGUAUAUAUAUAUAUAUGUUUGAAAAACAUCAUUUCGGGCGCGCUAUUUUCUCGAAAGGAUUCGUGAAAAAUCAUGGCGAGAAUAGAGUCUUUAUAACGUGCUUUAGAUACGAUGCCUUUGACAAUGGCGCAAAUCGGUAUUUUUAAUCGAAUAUUAUAAUAGAUACUCGUUACAUUGCGUAAUAUUUGCGUUGUGUUUUAAUCGCGGUUUAUAGACGGAGUGCCUGAGAUAACAAAAGAAGAUUUAACAAAACAAAAACGAAACGAAACAAAAUAUAAAAAAAAGCAAAAAAAAAGAAAAGAUAUGAACAAAAAAGAAAAAAGGGCCGAGACAAAGGGAAAAGGAAAAAAAAAGGAGAAGUCACCGAGCAAAUUUUUGUCAACUCGAAAUCAUUGUUAAAGAUAAAACUUCUACCGAGGGAUCACGUUUGUUUAGUAUUCUUAUUUUUUUUUUUUUUUUUUUUUUUUUUUUUUUAAUUAUGCAAUAGGAAACGUAUUUUAUAAGGAUAUAACGACUUGAGAGAUAAAUUUGAAAGGACACAAUUUGAACGAUAGUAUAUAAAUGAUGUAUCAAAGGAUAUGAUUCUUUUUUCUAUUGUAUGAUAUUAUACACUAUAAUAUUAUGUGAUUUAUUACGAUUAUUGAUAUAUUAAAAUUUUUUUUUCCAAUAUCAUAACCAAUUUCUUGGAACAAUUUGGAAAAAGAAAUAUUUUCUUCUCUCUGAUUUCUAUUAAAAUCUUUCUUUCUCUCUACAGUUUAUAAUUAUCAAAUCAUGUCUCUUUCAUUAAAGUCAAUGAUUUCACAUUCGCAAUAUUUCCUUUUAAAAAUUAAGCGAUUGGUAUAAAAAGUACGUCGACUUCACGAUAUCGGAUCAAUGAUGGAAAGAAACGUCGUGAUCAGAGAUCACGUUUAUUUAUUUUUUUUUCUCUAGGAGCGAGGGUGGAGAGUAAAGAACGGCAAUAAAAAAGGUUUUUUGAGGGUAGAAAAGAGUGAGAGGGAAAGAGAAAAAGAGAGUUGGAAAAGAAUGGUGUCUACGUCAUUCUGAUUUAUUUUCCGUGACACGAUCGAACGAUCUCUUUAACUCUUUCCCUUCUCCUUUUCCAUCUUCUACUAUUAUGUGUGUAUAUGUGUAUGUGUGUUUCGACUCGUUUGCGGUAUAUGCUUCGGUGUCGCAGGUGCAUACAUAUACACAUAUACAUAGGAAAAUGCACCGUCUCUUUCCAUCAGCUCCAACGACGAAGGUAUGAGGUUGUAUUAUAUUAACUUUAAAGCCACCGAUUAACCAACACUGCCGCGUCAAUUCUAACGUGCUUUCAAACGAAAACGCGAUUUCACGAUACAAGAUCACACGAUAGGUAAUCGCUAUUGUACAUCGAUUUUCACUAAUUGUCAUUGGACGUUGAAAGAUACGUGGAUAGAAAAAGAAAGAAAGAAAGAAAGAAAGAAAUACACGUUUACCGUGAAGAAAGUGUGCUCGAGUAUGACGUGGGGGUGGAUAAAAUGAAAGGGGCUGAGAUUUGUUCUGUAUGAUCGACGAAAGAAAAAUAAAACAGAGAGAGAGAGAGAGAGAGAGAGAGAGAGAGAGAGAGAGAGAAAGAGUGCUUUAAAUUGUGUGCUGAACGAAAAGGUGACGAUAAUUAUACUGUAUUAAAAACAAAAGGAACAAAAAAUGAGAAAACGAAUGAGAGUGAACGAGCGAGUGAGAGAGAGAAAGAGAGAGAAAAGAGAAAUAGAGCGACAUAAAUAAUGUAAAUAAGUAGAAAUUGUUUUUUAUCGUUGAGAAUUUUCUUCUUUUUUUUUUUUGUUUUAUAUCGACAAUUUUCAUUCAUUAUGGCUAUUACUCUCGUCGUGCGUAAAAUUUCAAGACCGAGUCUACGCAUAUUAACGUUAUUAUUAUAUCGCAUUCUUCAUUAUCGCAUAUAAAAAAAAGUGUUACACAUACAUUUUACCUUACACGGGAAAAAAUAGAAAAAGAAAAAAAGAAAAAAAAAAUAGAAUAAAAAAGAAUAAAGAAAAAAGCGUACAAUUUACACGUUACACGUAUGUAGAAAUGAUAUACAUACACUAGCUCGAGAAAUACGUGCAUGCAUACAUAUAUACAUACAUACAUGCAUACAUACGUGCAUACAUAUAUACAUAUACAUUUUUUAAUCCGCAUUAAUAUAGACAUACAUUCAUUCACACAUACAUGCAUACAUUUAUACAUACAUGUGUUCACACAUUUACGAAUACGAUAUGUACCGAGUAACGAGAAUGAAAAGGAGAAAGAGGCAGCUAAUUUACAUUGUAAAACGCUCAGACUUUUGGCGAAAAUCCGAGACACCCACGUAUAUUUCUUCUUCUUUUCUUUUCUUUUCUUUUUUCUUCCAUUAUUAUUAUCAUUAUUAUUAUUAUUAUCACUACUAUUACUAUUACUACUACUACUAUUAUUAUUAUUAUUAUUAUUAUUAUUAUUAUUAUUAUUAUUAUUAUUAUUAUUAUUAUUAUUAUUAUUAUUAUUAUUAUUAUUAUUACUAUUAUUAUUAUUAGUAUUAUUAUUAUUAUUAGUAUUAGUAUUAUCAUUAUUAUUAUUCUUAUUAUUAUUAUUAUUAUUAUUGUUGUUGUUGUUAUUAUUAUUACAUUUGCCAUGCCUCGUUUAUAUUGAACGUGUCCGAUUUAUUCUCGAAAAAGGUUGGCAAAUGAUUUUACAAAUACGAUCUUUAUACUUUCAUGAUUAAAAAUGAGAAAUUAAAGGCGAAAAUUAAAGAGAAAAGUUAAAAGAGAAGAAAUGUAAAACAAAAAAAAAGAAAUAAAAACAGAAAGAAAGAAAAAAGGGAAAGAAAAGAAAAGUGGAAGCAUCCAACUUAGGUACCUUGCGUCAAAAUGAGAUAUAUAAUAUAUAUAUAUAUAAUAAUUUUAAUUAUGAUAUUAUUAUGAGUAAUGAUAAUUGAUAAUGAUAAUAGUAAUAUUAAUUGAAUUUAAUAAUAAUAAUAAUAACGAUAACAAUGGAAUGAUAAUAUUUGACAAAUUGUUAUAUGCUAAUAAUUUCUAAAUUAGUCAAGUAUCGAAAUGACCUAUGAAUGUAUAUGUAUACAAAACGAUUUAUUAGGAAUGAUAUUUAAAUAUAUGAAUAAUGUAAAUAGUAUAAUUAAAAGAUCCGUUUAAAGCUGACUUUAUUGCGCUCCGUAUUGAACGAAUAAACAAAUGAAAAGAAAAAGAAACAGGGUGCGGUUCUUCGAAGCUCUAAUAUUCGUUGCAUCGUCAUUGGCUGAGACAUGAUUGGAGAUACAUCAAUUUUAAAAAUAUGUUUUAGACUGUAUAAUAGAAAAUCGGAAGAAAAAAAAGAAAAAGAAAAAAAAGAAGAAAAAUAGGGGCUGAGUGUAUAACACUCGUAAAUUCAGUUUUAAAUAGAGAUAAUUUUGUGAUUAGAUAAAAUAAUCUUAUAAAAUUUUGACAAGAGAAAGAAAAAUUAAAAAGGAAAGAGAAAGAAGGAACGAAGAGAGAGAGAGAAAGAGAGAAAUGAAAAAUGUUAGGUUGUUUAGAUUGUAACGUUAAAAAAUUGCGAUCGCGUUUAAUUAACUGGCGUUUAGAAAAAGAGAAAUAAAUUUGAAAAACAUUCCAUUAAAAAUGCCAGGACUGUCGACCGCUGCUUCGUUUGAAACAAUUUUUCUUUCUUUUUAUUUUUUUAUUUUUUUUUAUUUAUUGGAUUGUCGAUAGAUAUUUCAAUAUUUUUCUCUUUUUUCUUUUUUUUUUUUUAACCAACGAAAUUCAUACAUGAUUUUUCAGUUUAUGAUUAAUAAAAAUGACUCUCAAAAAUGGUCCUGAAAAAUUGAUCUAAUUUUAAAAAUCAAUCGGAAGUUUUGUUUGCGUUUCAACGAAUUUAUCAUUUUCUUUGCUUAAAUAAAUAAAAACGCUUUAUACCAAUGAAUAUUAGUUAAAUAUGAAUUCAUUUGGAUAAUUAAAAAAUAUUUCUCUUCGGAUUUGCGUUCAAAAAUUUAGAUCAUACAAAUUCAAAUGUUGACCGACUCGAACUCGCAUUGAGUAUUGCGUGAUAGAAAUGUCUUCCAUUCCAGAUUGAACAAUUUAUCAAUGAAGGAACACGCGAUUAAAGAAACGCGAAAAAAAUUUUUUAAAUAAAAUUCUUUAAAUUUAAAAUACCAAGUUAAAGAUUUUUUUUAUAAUAUCCUAUAAAACAUUAUUAUUUCUAUUAACAAAUAUAUUUGGAACAAUUACAAAACUUCACAUUGAUUUUUAAGAUCAAUUCAACGAAACCAAAUUAAAGCCAUCAUCUCUUCACCAAUCAUAAACUGAAAAUAUAAAUAAAAACAACAAAUUUAAAAUAGCCCAUAUAUAUACAUAUGUAUUUAUGUGUGUGUAUAUAUAAAUUCACAUAUACAGAUACAUAAAUCAAGUCACAUGAUCACAUUUGUAAGAUUUGUAAUAUCAGCCACUGUGUAACGAUCCUUGCUCGAUUGCAAUCUCAUCCCGAUCACGAGGAAGACAUGUUGUAUCGCGCCAACCAACAAUCUACUCACACAUACACAUACCGCUCACAUACAUAAAUACAGAGAUACGCAAUUACACAUGCAUAGAAACAUGUGGAUCUAUAUCUACGCAAUGGAACGCGAUAGAACGGUGGCAGUCCAGGCGCACAUAUUUGCCGUGCCAACGCAAUGUGUUUUAUGUGUACAUAGGAUGAUAGUCCUAAUUAAUAACUAGAUAGCUAUUAGAAAGUCAAAUCGCGUUAAAUUGGUCGAAAAUAGGAUCGGGUUAUGAGGGAUAGGGAAGGGGGAGGAGAGGGGGGAGAUAAUAGGCGAUUCGAAAGCAACAACACGUAUAAGUUAUUACGAAACAUUAUCUAGAUAAGAAAGACACGUGCAUCAUAUAUACAUACAUACAUACAUACAUACUCAAACACACGGAUUUAACGUAAAAAAAGUUAUUAAAAAUAAAAAAGAAAAACUAGGCCCGCGUUUUCGUUGGCGGCUGAUAUAUACAUAUAUACAUAUGAAUAUAAUAUACAUCUAUACAUAAACGGUUUUUUGUAGAUAAUUAUUCUUCUUACAUCAUCUUCCCGUAGAUAAUCGAAACGUAUUUCCAGAACGAUUGUACGUAUGUACGUAAACGUUAUUAUAUAUUUCCGUGUAAAGAUUGACUACCGAGAUAUACAUAUAUAUAAUAUAUGUAUAUAUAUAUAUAUAUAUAUUUCGAAUCGAAGUUGUUCGCAAACAAACACUUUGCACAGGUGGGAUUUUACCGGUUAAAAAGAAAAAUUAAAAGGGAGAGAGAGAGAGAGAGAGAAAGAGAGAAAGAGAUGAGGAAAAAAAUUUCGCGCGCACGCAGGACGAAUUACCUGAAUAAUAAAAAUUAACCUGAACGCGCGUCAUCGUGUGCGAUGUAUAUACAUGCAUAUGUACCUUCCGUUUCCUCUUUUUUCUUUUUUUUAUUUUAAUUUCUUUUUUCUGCAACUCUGCGUGCGCGUCUCCGUGUUCUCGAAGUGAAACGCGUGCGUGUCCACUAAGCACAUAAUAUCUAAUUACAUGAAAAACGUUUGUUCGACGAAACGACGAAUUACGAAAUAAAAAAAGAGAAAAACAACAAAAAUAACAACAACACAACAACAAUAAUAAUAAUAAUAACAAAAAUACGACAAUUUUUAUCAAUCGAUUUAAAACUAAUUCCUCCGUGUACUUCUCAUUUCUUUUUUGUUUUUCUUUCAUACAUAAUUUUCUCUUUCUCUUUAACUUUCAUUUCAAUUCUUUUUCCUUUUCUUCUUUUUUCCUUUUCUUCUCUUUUUUUUCCAUUAAGCUUCACAACCCGAUCAAUUAUCGACAAAACUCACAUGGUUAUCGUUCGUACGAAGAAACAAGAAACAAAUAAAGUAUAUAAACGAAUAGAUAAAUAAAUAAUAAAAAAAAAAGAAUGUCAUUCUCUCAUGUAAAACGCGCACUGACCAGAAAGAAUUUUUUUGUUCAUUAUUAUUUACGGCGCCAUUAGCAUCGUCUAAAUUUAAGCUUACAUUGCGAACUUCUGUAAUAUAUAUAUAUAUAUAUAUAUAUAUAUAUAUAUAUAUAUAAGGAAAAAGAAUGAAAUAAAAUAAAAUAAAACAAACAAUAUAUAUGUAUAUUGUUUAUAAUAUAUAAUAUAUAUUUAUAAUAUAUAUGUAUAUUAUAUAUAUAUUAUAUAUAUAUAAUAUAUAUGCGAUAAGGAAAGAAAUGAGAAAAAUAAAAGAAAAACAUAAAAGGAAAUCUAUACUUUUAGACCGCAACGAUAAAAAAUGCGGAUUACGAUAAGCAGAUCAUUAUUCCAAAGUCAUAAAAAUACUCAGAAAUAAUAAUAAUAAUAAUUAUAAUUAUAAUAAUUAUUAUAAUAAUUAUAAUAAUAAUAAUAAUUGUAAUAUUAAUAAUAAUAAUUACAAUAAAGCGAGAUAAUAAUAAUAACGAGAGAAAAAAAAAGAAACAAGAGAGAAAAUAAGGGAAAGAAAAGAAACAACACCGAAUUCUUUUAUCAGAUAUGCGUUCUAUGCCGCAGAAAAAAAAAGAAAUAAACAAAAGAAAAGAAAGGAAAAAGAAAAAACGCGAUAAGCCCCAUCGAUGCUGCCGUACGGAUAUAUAAUAAUAGUUAAACAAUGCCAGUACGUAGUAAUUAAUAAUACAUAUAUAUAUAUAUAGAGAGAGAGAGAGAGAGAGAGAGAGAAAGAGAGAGAACAAACGAGAGAACGAAAGAACGAUAGAGCGAUAGAACGAGAGAGAGAGAGAGAGAGAAAUAUGUAGUUUAAGCCGAUCUUUUGAAUUAAAUGUAAUACCUAACUUCGAAGGAAUAUUUUUAUUAUUAUAAUAGUUGCAACCAAAUGAGAAAAAGAAAGAGAAAGAGAGAGAAAGAGAAGGAGAGAUAGAAAGACAGAGAGAGAGAGAGAGAGAGAGAGAGAGAGAGAGAGAGAUAAAGAGAUAAAAAGAAGAUUCGUUUUAAAAUGGCCGACUCGAAGAGAUAUAUACAUACAUACAUACAUAAACAAGAUAUAUAUGUAGAUACCGGUCUGAACGUUGACUUUGUCGAGUUUGUAAAAAUUCGAUAUGAGGGACCGUUUGUUUCCCCGCAUUGCGGAAAAGAUAUGCGAAACAAUUUCGUUUGGUAGCGUCGUUCGUAAAUUUUUUAUUAAAAUACAUUCAACGAACAUCCGACACGUUUGAACAAGACUGAGGAGCUUGUAUAUAGAAUAUUAUACAUCCAAUGCGUCGUGCGUGCACGCGCGCGUGCAAUGAUGAAUUUGAUAUAUAAAUUGUGUACGUAAGGACACGAGAAAUAUAUGUAUUAUUAUCGAAGGAUUCGGUUCGUUGAUGAUACGUACGUUAUAACAAUAACGAUAACGAUAAUGAUAAUGAUAAUGAUGGUAAUGAUAAUGAUGAUGAUGGUGAUGAUGAUAAUGAUAAUGAUGAUUAUGAUGAUGACGAUACACACGAUAAAAGAGAGAGAGAGACGUGUAAAGAGUAUGGAAAAAUCCUGUAUAUAUAUAAUACACGAAUCAAGGUACUACCGCGAUAAAUUACUACCGCUAUCACGGCCUUCUAUUUCUUACCGAAGUGGUGAAAAAAAAAAAAUCUUUCGUAGUCUCUUUAUUAUUCGGAUUUACGAAUGGAUGCUCAUUUUUAUUUUCUUAUCUCUAUUUUUUUGUUUGUUUCAUUUUUCUCUCUUUUUUAUUUAUUUUUUCUUUUUACUUUCUUUUUUCUCAGUUAUGAUUUGGUUCCCUUAUUUCUGAUCUUUCUUACCUUCUUUCUUUCUUUUGAAAUUUCCCCUCUUCGUCGAAGUGAGUUAAAAUUAUAAUAUUCUGAAUCCCAAAGAAAGGUUCUUCUCUUUUGUGGAAAAAAAGAAAAAAAAAAAAAAAAGAAAUUAGUUGACAGAAUCCAACGAGAAUUAAAAUCCAAAAUUGCAUUCGUCGAUGAACGAUGUUAAUGAUUAUAUUUCGAUGAGUAUUGACAUGAGAUGGCAUCUGUGGUAAUCGAUUGUUUUUCUAUUGUAUGUACUUAUCGUUCGAUAUCUAAUGUUCAAAUGAGUCAUUCAUUACGUAUAGAUUAGAUAUACAUAUACACAUAUUAUAUAUAUUUAAAGUUGCGUGCCGUAUCCGAGCGAAGUUAGCGAAAUGGCAAUGUUUAGGAAAAAAAAUUUUUCAGAGGAAUUUCGAUUAGCCGUGAUAUUCAAUUUCGAUGGUAGUAAUCGCCAUAAAUACAAGAUAUACAGCAUAAGAUCUGCUUUACAGAUUCGCAACAUUUACAAUCCAGGUAUUCAUACGAUAAUUGCAUUAAGAUAAAUGUCACGAAUAAUGUAAACUUAAACUAAUGAAAUGAAAUAAAAAAGACGAUGAUUCACGUAUUAAAGAAAA